GCGUUGGGUAACUGCAGCAGCAGCGGCAGCGGCGGUGAUAGAGGCAGCAGCUCGGUGUUUGGUCGCUCAGAGGACGGCUCGGAGGAUUUUUUUAGAGGAUAUUUUCAAGGAAACGAGCAGACUGAGUUCACAGCUGGAGAACAAUCAAAGAGUUUGCUCCUGUUCGCUGCUCGGCCCGGAGACACGCGGCCUUUGCCCUGAACAAACUUGAGUGCGAGUGCGGCUGUGCUUGGACCCAGACCCGUGUGUUUAAACAUGGGAGACCAGAGAUCAGUGCAGACAAUCCUGCUCCCGCUGCUGCUCCUCGUGCUCUUCAACGGGCUGUCGCAGCUGCGGGCCUUCCCCUUCAGCCCGUCCCUGGACCUGGAUGUCACUCCCAGGACCACAGUCUUCUCUAAAGGUAUGUUGGGCAGCGCUUGUUUCACCGGCUCCUCCAAGAACUACAGCACCCUGCUGCUGGAGGAUGAGGCCAGGCUGCUGUACGUGGGAGGCAGAGGGGCUCUAUACGCUCUCAACACGUCCAACAUCUCCACACCUGCGAACCUCGCAAUUGACUGGGAUGCUUCCCCUGAACAGAAGAAGCAGUGUCUGAACAAAGGCAGAGACAAUCAGACAGAGUGUUACAACCACAUCCGCUUUCUGCAGCGUUACAAUGAGACUCACCUGUACGUCUGCGGAACGAACGCCUUCAAACCACUCUGCGCUUAUAUAGACGCAGAGCGGUUCAGCUUCUCCUCCGGCUUUGAGGAGGGCAGAGACAGGUGUCCAUAUGACCCAGCGAAGGGGUUCACUGGCCUCCUCGUAGACGGUGAGAUGUUCACGGCCUCUCAGUACGAGUUCCGCAGCUCUCCAGACGUCCGCAGGAACUUCCCCUUCCCCACCCUCAGGACAGAGGAGGCGCCGACCCGAUGGCUUCUGGAGGCAGAUUUCGUCGGCUCGGUGCUGCUGAAGGAGAGCAUCAACAGCUCCAUCGGCGACGACGACAAGAUUUACUUCUUCUUCACUGAGAGAAGCCAGGAGCUGGCCGCCUACCCGAGCCAGACCAAGGUGUCCAGGGUGGCCCGAGUCUGCAAGACGGACUGGGGUGGCCAGAGGACCUUGCAGAGGAAGUGGACCUCCUUCCUCAAGGCCAGGAUGGUGUGUUCAGUCCCAGAAUACGAGCUGCACCUGAACAUCCUUCGCGACGUGUUUGUCCUGCAGGGAAGAGACGCUCAGAGUAGCGUCUUUUAUGGCAUCUUUGGCCUGGAAUGGAAGAAUAUCAAAGCGUCCGCGAUCUGCCAGUACGCCUUCUCAGAUGUGCAGAGGGUGUUCGAGGGGCCCUACAUGGAGGUGCAGGACUCGAAGUGGAGGGAGUACACGGGCAAGGUUCCAGAGCCGCGGCCUGGAUCCUGCAUCACAGAUCUGCACAGGUCCCAGGGCAUCAACUCAUCCCGAGACCUUCCCGACAACGUCCUCACUUUCGCCAGGAGGCACCCGCUCAUGGCCACCCAGGUGCACCCCAUCGGUGUGCGCCCGCUCAUGUUCAAGAGGAGCGUCAACUAUGUCAAGAUAGCGGUGCAUAAGGAGCCGGCUCUGGACGGAAACAUUUACACCAUGCUGUUUCUGGGAACCGAUGACGGAUGGCUGCACAGAGCCGUAGACAUCGAUGGAGAAAUGCACAUCAUAGACGAGCUGCAGAUGUUUGACAAACCGCAGCCCAUAGAGAGCAUGGUCAUAUCCUCAGCUCUGAGGAGCAUCUACGUCGGCUCCCACUCUGGAGUCGUGCAGGUACCGAUGUCAACCUGUCAGAGGUACUUGUCCUGUUACGACUGCGUCUUCGCCAGAGACCCCUUCUGUGGCUGGGACGGGAAAGAGUGUGUGGAGAUAUCUUUGCGUGCACAGAGGUCAAACCUAACCCAGGAUAUCGUGAGAGGGACAAGAGGCUGCAAGGAGAACUCAGGAAAUGUUGUCCACCGGAGGCGUUCCGUGAUGUCCGGUGACGACGUGCUGCUCCAGUGCGAGCUGCGCUCCAACCUGGCGACGCCGCGAUGGACGCUGGACGGCAGGGACGUCCAGGGAUACGGCCUCAACUCGGGCUACCGCAUCGGCACUGACGGCCUCCUCAUAAUCGGAGCUCGCACCCAACAGAGCGGCACUUACCGCUGCUUUGCUGUGGAGAACGCCGUUUCGGUCCUGGUUUAUCUUUACUCGGUGAGGGUUCACACAGAUCCUUUCUUCCCCGUGGAGCCAACAGUCACGACUAACCCCACCACAGCUUCCAGCCCGACGGUUUUCUCCACCAGCAGCCCCACCGAGCAGCCUUUGCCCUCACCCCCCGCCCCUGUUCCGCCAGGACCCGAGUAUCAGACCUACAGACACAUGGAGGCCGUGUACAUCUCUCUGGUGGCGGUGCUCGGAGGGCUUUGCUUGGUGUUGACCGUCGUGCUGCUUUACGUGAGCUUCUGCACCAGACGGGCCUCCCAGAACCGCAAGUUCUCCCAGCAAGGGCUGCAGGUCCUGGGGGCCUCUGAGAGGAAGAGGAGCUCUCACCUGGAGCUUCGAACCAUUUCCAGCCACUGCAACGGCCGCCAGGGUCGCAGGUCAAUCUCUGUGCCGACCUUCGGGGACAUGGGCGAUGGCUUCCUACAGAUAGUCGCGGGUGAGGGCCAGAUGUCUCCGACCAAAACGCCUCCCCCGGCUCCCCCUCUCCCGAUGCCGCCGCCGCUCCCCAACAUGGACUACGCCAACGGGCUGUCGGCCACUCUGCCCAGCGUGCUGAGGAAGAUGAACGGGAACAGCUAUGUGCUGCUGAGGCAGGCCGACCCCGAGGGCAUGUCGCCGCUCUACCACUCCUUCACGGAGGAGCUCAACAGGAUCCUGGAGCAGCGGAAGCACACACAGCUGGACCUGCAACCUGACGAGAGCUCCAUCUAGGAGACUCCCCUUUCGGCCUUUUGUCCCGCGGUUAUUUAUUUUUACCCCAAUGAUGACCCGUAGUUGUGGGGAGGACUGACUGACUGUUGUAAUGCUGCUGUUAUUUACCCAGUGUCAGUACCUGCAGGUCGUGUCCUAACCUGAUCAGAGAUGCGCGGCCUCUUGCGUCUCCCUUGACUAAUGGCCCGUGAUUUCACUUCAACGAUGGACAACACUAACCAGAGACUGCUGUUUGCAAAGUGGAGCUGUGAAAAUUUUGGCCAUGGACUGCACCAACAGGGAACAAGCUACAAGGACUGUAGGGAGUUGGGUGAUGCUACCUCUGUGUAGACUCUCUAGAGGCUAGAGAAGGAUCUGAUGAGUCAAAAAGGCAAAGAUGCAAAAAAUCAGAAGUGGAUAAAAAGAAAAACAUCAGACCAGGUGAUGGUCAUACGUCUUCGAGAGGUGUUCAGGCAGUUUUAGUACCAUGGAGCUUAAAGUGAUAUUCCAACCAAGACGUAUAGUAUCUUUUGUACAAACUUAGCCUAUCUUUGUGUCUUCAACGUAUUCAUGGACUGAACUCGUCACCCAUAUGUACAGUACACCCUUCUUUGAGGCUGAUGGUGGAACUAGUUGCUUGAUUUGAGAAGUUCUUGACGAUUGGAUCAGACUGGUUGGCACCAAUCCCCUGGUAUUUUCCUACACAUGCACUAAUCUACCAAACCUAAUACUGAGAUAUUUAUUCUGACAAUAUCCUUUUAAACAGGCAGGAAGGAAGGAAGGAAGGAAGGAAGGAAGGAAGCUGUGCAUCUAAGUAGAAGUAAAGCACAACGGGGUUAUGCUGCAGGAAGUUUCUACAGUGAGAAAAUCCAUCGCAAGCUUCUCACUCAUUAUUACUGUCCCAAUCUUUUUUUUUUUUUUUUUUUUUAACCACUAUCAGAAAAAAGUGAAAAAUUCCCAUUAUAAGUUCUGUCAAUCAACCAGCUUCUGCCUUUGUGAUGAAAAAAAAAUAGAUUUGGUUGGGGUAUCACUUUAAGUGUCCGCUUUUGUUACAGUGCAUGAGAGCGCAGGUGUAAAGACAUGUCGCACAUUUCAACGUAUUUAUUUAAACCAUUCUUUCUUCUUCUUCACUCAUGUAAAUAGCAAUAAUUACAUCACCGUUGCAGCUGUUAGUACCAAUGUAUUGUGCAAGUGCCAACUGAAACACCUGUAGCAAACUUUGAAGUAUUUCCUCCCCCCCUCAACAUCUUUUCUGUCUUUAGCAUCUGUGUGAGAAAAGAGAUGAAACUCUGUUACUGCUGCGGUGGUAAGGCUUACACUAAGUGUGUAGCCCGUUAAGGGAGCAGCCAGUGUGCGGUCAGAUUGAUUGACAUCCACAGACUGACUUCAGGGCUCAGGAGGUUGAAAGGAAAGCACAAAUAAUCAAGAAGACGCUUCUAUUUGCACGCCUAAACACACUUACCGAAGGCCUAUUUUUGGAUUAACAUUUAUUCUGGAUUUCGCUCCAUCAAGGUUUGUCCUCUGCUGUGAAAAAGCAAGUCACAGGGGAGAAGACCUUCGUGACGUGCCAGCCACCAAAGCGUCCUCAGUGUUUACCUGACAUCAGUGCAGUGCCAAAGCAGCGAGACCUGGACGGUAUUUCCUUUGCCAAGGUGAACGGGCGCUCCGAUUAACAAGCGCGUGUAAGUUAGAGGGGAAGUGACUGAAAUGAAUCUCUGAGUAGUUUUUAAACGUGUCCCGGCCAGUGGUAAAUAAAGAUCUGUCUUUCUAGCGGAGCGCUGAAUCAGCUCCUGUAGCAGGCGGCGGUGGUGGUGGAGGCGGAGGCGGGGGUGGAGGCGGCCCUCCCUCUGUGGUGACUUGCAGUGUGUGUGUUUGUCAGAGUGACGGAAACAGCAGCGCUUGGCUCGCGUCCACUUGUAGAGGGCAGAGCUUCGUGCCGGUUUGCACGGGCUGCUGUUGAAUCAGCAGGUACGUGGUGGCAGACUCCAAAACAUUUAACCUGGCGAACCAUGCGGGACGCCGAUGAGGAUACAGGAAGUAUUUUGCAUUUGCAGGCUGAGACAAAAUGAAAUCCCUUCUUUGACUGAGGACGGGACAUUUAACUGUCAUGUACCUGGUUACAUGAUUGCAUAUGAGGUUUUCUGCACAACGGAAAGUUGUCAUUUUAUACGUAUACAGCCAUGAAUACCCUUUUCUGCACUAAUCAGCUCCUCAUCGGCCUUUUCGGUCAUCUCAUUGGUUCUGCUCCUCGACGCCAUCCUCUCUCCCUUCUCUGCUACCUCUUCUGUCUCCCCCAUCUCAUCACCUCUGCAUGACAGCACCAUCCAUUCCUCUCGGCGCUCACUUUCCCUCCUGCUCUCAAGGACCCCGCUGGGUUUACAGAUGGUCGCCUAAUCAAUUAGAGCCAGCUGUCAAGGAGCGCUCGAGUUAUUGUUUUUGCAUAAUGCAGAGACUGGAGUUAACAACUGGAUUUUCUGCAGUAGUUUAGGAUGCAGUAGAAGUUUGUUUUCUUUGUUACAUUUCUAGCACGUGUUAUUAUUGCACACAUCACCCCAUAAGAGUCAACUUUAACAUUAGUCCUUGAUCUUUUAAUAUAAUCACAACACUAAGAGCGAAUCAUUUCUAGGUGUGAUUCAGUGGACAUUUUUUUUGUUGGGCUGAAAUGUAUAAAAAUGAUCGCAACUUCUACUUAGUUCUCUAAACUUUUUUUUUUUAGAAACAUAUAUAUAUAGAAAUGCUCACUUUUAAUCAAUUUGUGGAUAAUCCUGAACAUACUGGAGGCUUCACUUGUAUCAAUGUCAGUUUGCUGCUGCUGCCUCAUUCUCACUCAAGGACAAUCUGUUUACAGUAGACACUGCACACUGUACUAUGGACUUAAUGUCUUGGCUUUUAAGGUCAUAUGUAUUAGGUAUUCAGUGAAGCACCUGUUUCUGCGACAGCAGUAACAUCCCGCUGUGUCGGUGUGCACAUACACUAUGUUUUAAUAAUGUAUUUAUUCCUUUAUGUGUUGGCCAAAGACACUGGUGUAUAUUUUGCACUGUUCUUUCAUAAAUAUUGAGUUAAACGUCAUGUAGUACACCCCUUGUAAACUGUGACACUUUCCAUCAAGUUGGUUCUGUAUGAUUUUUGAUGUAGAUAAUGAACUUAUCUAUUUGUUCUUCUCAGAAUAUAACUGGCUGAAGUGAC